AUGUGUCACAGGUGUUACAUCACCCUGACCCAAUCUCUGCACCUCACAAUGAGUGGGGCUCCGGCAGGUCCAGCUGGUACCGGGAAAACAGAGACCACCAAAGACCUGGGCCGGGCGCUGGGAAUCAUGGUCUAUGUGUUCAACUGCUCCGAGCAGAUGGACUACAAGUCGUGUGGGAACAUCUACAAAGGCCUGGCACAGAGCGGAGCGUGGGGCUGCUUCGACGAGUUCAACCGCAUCUCAGUGGAAGUGCUGUCGGUUGUGGCUGUCCAGGUGAAGAGUAUCCAGGACGCCAUUCGAGACAAGAAGGCUCGUUUUGACUUCAUGGGGGAGGAGGUGAACUUAUGCUCUUCGGUGGGGAUCUUUAUCACCAUGAACCCGGGGUACGCAGGCAGGACGGAGCUCCCAGAGAACCUCAAAGCCCUCUUCAGGCCGUGUGCGAUGGUGGUGCCAGACUUUGAGCUCAUCUGUGAGAUCAUGCUGGUGGCAGAGGGCUUCCUGAACGCACGAGCGCUCGCCCGCAAGUUCAUCACCCUCUACACACUGUGCAAGGAGCUGCUGUCCAAACAGGACCAUUAUGAUUGGGGCUUGAGGGCCAUAAAGUCUGUCCUUGUGGUGGCUGGCUCUCUGAAGAGGAGUGACCCACAGCGAGCCGAGGACCAGGUGCUCAUGAGGGCACUGCGAGAUUUCAACGUUCCCAAGAUAGUGACCAAUGACAUGCCCGUCUUCAUGGGGCUUAUUGGAGACCUGUUCCCCGCUCUGGACGUUCCCCGGAAGAGAGACUUAGACUUUGAGAAGCAUGUGAGACAGGCUGUGCUGGAGCUGAAGCUACAGGCUGAAGACAACUUCGUCCUUAAGGUGGUUCAGCUGGAGGAGCUACUGGCCGUUCGUCACUCAGUGUUUGUGAUGGGGAACGCAGGCACGGGGAAGAGCCAGGUGCUGCGAGCUCUGCACAGAACCUACCAGGACAUGAAACACAGACCUGUGUGGGCAGACCUCAACCCUAAAGCGGUCACCAACGACGAGCUCUUUGGCAUCAUUAACCCCGCCACCCGCGAGUGGAAGGACGGUCUGUUCUCCAGCAUCAUGCGAGACCUGGCCAACGUGAGCCACAGCGGGCCCAAGUGGAUCGUUCUGGACGGAGACAUCGACCCCAUGUGGAUAGAGUCACUCAACACAGUCAUGGAUGACAACAAGGUGCUGACACUGGCCAGUAAUGAGCGCAUUCCACUCAACCCCUCCAUGAGACUGCUGUUCGAGAUCAGCCACCUGCGGACAGCCACUCCAGCAACAGUGUCCAGAGCAGGGAUCUUGUACAUAAACCCUGUGGAUCUGGGAUGGAACCCUCCCGUGGCCAGCUGGAUUGACAGGAGGGACAUUCAAUCAGAGAAGGCCAAUCUGAGCAUCCUGUUCGACAAGUACCUUCCCCCAUGUCUGGAGGUGCUCCGCUCCAGGUUUAAGAAGAUGAUCCCUGUCCCAGAGCAGAGCCAUGUGCAGAUGCUGUGUCACCUGCUGGAGUGUCUGCUGACCCCAGAGCUCACCCCUGCGGACAGCCCCAAAGAACUGUACGAGCUCUACUUUGUGUUUGCUGCAGUCUGGGCUUUUGGAGGGGCAUUGUUCCAGGACCAGCUGGUGGACUACAGACUGGAGUUCAGCCAGUGGUGGGUGGCCCAGUUCAAGAGCGUGAAGUUCCCUUCCCACGGCACUGUCUUCGAUUACUACAUCCACCCAGAGAGCAACAAGUUUGAGCCCUGGUCCAAGAUGGUUCCCAAGUUUGAAAUGGAGCCGGAGAUGCCCCUGCAGGCAUGUCUGGUGCACACCGCUGAGACCAUUCGUGUGCGGUUCUUUCUGGAGCGGCUGCUGAAGCUGCGCCGGCCCGUCAUGCUGGUGGGGGGUGCAGGUACCGGGAAGUCUGUCUUGAUCGGAGACACGCUGGGAACUCUGCACACCGACUCACACAUAGUCAAAAACGUGCCCUUCAACUACUACACUACCUCAUCCAUGCUGCAAGCGGUGCUGGAGAAACCCCUGGAGAAGAAAGCGGGCCGAAACUUCGGUCCGCCUGGCAGCCGGACGCUGGUGUACUUCAUAGAUGACCUAAACAUGCCUGAGGUGGACGCUUACGGAACUGUGCAGCCCCACACUCUGCUGCGACAGCACCUGGACUACAGCCACUGGUAUGACCGGAAUAAGCUGGUGUUGAAGGAAAUUCACAACGUGCAGUAUGUGACCUGCAUGAACCCCACGGCCGGCAGCUUCACCAUCAACCCUCGCCUCCAGAGGCACUUCUCUGUGUUCGCUCUGUCGUUCCCCGGAGCAGAGGCCCUAUGCUCCAUCUACACGUCCAUCCUGUCCCAGCACCUCCAGAGCCAGGGCUUCAGCAGUGCCCUGUCCUCGAGCUGCCCCUCUGUGGUGCAGCUGGCCCUGGAUCUGCACUCUCGCGUCUCCUCCUCCUUCCUUCCCACCGCUCUCAACUUCCACUACAUCUUCAACCUGCGCGACCUCUCAAACAUCUUCCAGGGGCUGUUGUUCUGCACCCCAGAGUGUGUGAAGAACCCCACAGACCUGCUCAGGAUCUACCUCCACGAGUCCUGUCGGGUCUACAGAGACAAGCUGGUGGAGCCCGCAGACUUCCAGGCCUUCGACCAGCUCCAGGCCAAUGCUGCGCAGAAGUACUUUGAGGACACCCCCACCCCAUCGGACCUGUCCCUGUACUGGCACUUCGGCCGGGGCCUGGGGGAGCCCCUCUACACACGAGUGGAGUCCUGGAGCAUUCUGAGCACCACUCUGCAGGAGGCUCUGGAUGCCUACAACGAAGUCAAUGCUACACUCAGCCUGGUGCUGUUUGAGGACGCCAUGGCACAUGUCUGCCGCAUCAGCCGCAUCCUGGAGUGCCCUCGAGGGAACGCCCUGCUGGUGGGAGUAGGCGGCAGUGGCAAGCAGAGCCUCACCCGUCUGGCAGCCUUCAUCUCGGGGCUGGAGUUGUCCCAGAUCACCCUGAGGAAAGGCUACGGCAUCACAGACCUCAAGAGUGACCUGGCCUCUCUCUACAUCAAAGCUGGUGUGAAGAACAUUGGCACAGUUUUCCUGAUGACCGAUGCUCAGGUGGCAGACGACAAGUUCCUGGUCCUGGUCAAUGAUCUGCUGGCCUCAGGAGAGAUCCCAGAGCUGUUUGCGGAUGACGAGCUGGAGAACAUCAUCUCCAGUGUGCGGCCAGAGGUGCGCAGCUCGGGGGCCUUGGACUCCAGGGAAAACUGCUGGAGGUUCUUCAUCGAGAGGGUCCGCAGACAACUCAAGGUGGCGCUGUGUUUCUCACCGGUGGGCAGUAAGCUCCGUCUGCGCGCCAGGAAGUUCCCUGCGGUGGUCAAUUGCACAGCCAUCGAUUGGUUUCACGAGUGGCCCCAAGAAGCACUGGAGUCGGUCAGCCUCAGGUUCCUCCAGGAUCUGGACACUAUCCAGCCCGCAGUGAAGGAAUCCGUGAGCAAAUUCAUGGCAUUCGUCCACACCAGCGUCAACCAAACCUCAAAACAGUACCUGGCCAGCGAGAGGCGCUACAACUACACCACACCCAAGUCCUUCCUGGAGCAGAUCAAGCUUUACCGGAGUCUGCUGGGCCAAAAGAGCUGCGAGCUGAGGGCCAAGAUGGAGCGGCUGGAGAACGGACUGGAGAAGCUCAACUCCACCUCUGCACAGGUACAGUCCAACAUCAUCCUGGAGGAAGACCCCCAUACACGGUUAUUCAGUGUGAGCGAGGGCGUGAUGUCUUGUUCUUACGCGGGGUCAGUGCAGUUAAUUGUGUUGUAUCAGAGUGGCUAUAGUGUUCCCAUCCCGCUCUAA